AUGGAGCUGCAACAGUUUAUUAAUGCACCAAAACGAGAUCUUGCCAAAUCAGUCGAUAUUAAAAAUAUACGGUACUGUGAUUGUCCUAAUUACAUCAUUUGGCAUCAGUUCAAGCUAAGACAAGCAGGGUGGGGUUUCGUCAUCACUGGUCAGUGUAGUGGUCAGCGGGCGCGCGGAGCGGUGCGGCGGCGGAAGUUGGCUUCGGUGGUGGUGAGCUUAGUUGGUAGGGAGUGUGUGCGUGGGCCCUUGUCCUAUCAUUCGGAUGGGAGAGCCUUGCGUGAAUCACGUCACAUGAUAACCUGUGUGAAAUGUGUGAAAUCUGUGCUUUGCGUAUGUUGUUUGUUACUUUCAAUAAAUGAUGCGCUCUACUUUGCGUGCAUGCUUUCGCGCGUGUGCGAUAUGUCGUUGUUGAUGAUGAUAGUUGUUGUUGUUGUUGUACUUCAUAUGAGGGUCGCGAGGGGAAAUGAAAGGAGAAGGAUGGAUGGAAGUCUCGGAUUCGGUAGCACCAAAUAUGUUCCAAAUUCUGGGCAAGCUGCAAGGAGUAUCUCUAGAAGAAGCUUGGCUCCUUCAACGGUCAGUGGGUCUUCAUCAUCGUCUGCGGUAAAACCGUGCAUUUUGUUCGAUAGCGAUAGAAAAUUGCGGGAACGGAAAAAACACAAAUUGAACACAUUAGAAGUUAGUACAUAUUUUCUGGAAUUUUGUACAAUAAAUCGGCUAAUCUCGCAUCCGUCUCUCGUAAAUAUGUUGGUGUGUGACCUACCCGUAGCUCCGAAUAUGUGUGGGAUAGAUUGCGCAACACAUAUCGGUCCACGGGAGAGCUACACAUUGACUGACUCGACCUUCCCGCCGUUGCUGACCUCUUCUCAUUGUGAUCUAUUGAUUCUAUGUCUUUGGCAGCUCCUUCUCAAUAUCCUCUAG